GAUGCUUUUCGGUGCAUGCACUGCAUAAUUUAAACUUCGAAAGACAAACUUUAUCUUUUUGUUGUUGUUAAUAUUACAAAGUUUAUUGUUGUUUAGAUGUGUAUCUUAUUUCUACAGUUGUUAUUUGUGUUUAUUUUAUGAUUAAUGACAGGAAAUAUAAUUUCGGACGGCAUAUGUAAUAUAUUCUCGUGGCGAAAGGGCUCAUCUUUUAUGUCUCAGUCAUAGUGCAAUUCACCGAUCUGUGUUUCCCCUUCCGAGGCCUCAAAUUGUGUGCGCGUGACGUCAUCGAAUGAUGUGAACGAAUACAUAGGAAACGUUUGAUUUGUCGACAGCAACCUUUUCAAGCACUAGAACUAUCGCAAUUUGCGGUGGUACACAGGGGUGCGGCGCAGUUUGUGCAAGGAAUCUUCUAGCAAUCGCAGGUUGCGGAGGUGCACAGAGGUGUUGCAGUUUGCAUCCAGGGGCUCUACUGCAGUGAUAAGAAGGAGGGAGGUGCUGGGAACUUGGCUGCUCACAUACGUCUUACCAGUUUGAUUGCGCUUGGAUUUCCAAAACGAGGCUUCAGAUCGGUUGAAUUUCCGGCGCGUUUUUUCGGACGUCUGAAAAGUCGGUGGACAACAUUAAUCUGGUUCAAUGACCGAGGUUACCAAAAGAUACAAUUGCCAUGGGAAAGCAGAAGACAAACAGAUCAUCAGUACAUUGUAGUCCAGCUGUAGAGGCAGCGAAAUCUGUAAAGCGGGAGGAGCAGGUGGCCAGGACGGACGGAUGGACAGACGAACAUCACCACAAUAUCCCCACUUUUUCUCAGAAACAUGGGGAUAAUGAUAGAGAUGAAAUAGAGAGAAACUACCAGGUCAGCAUGGAGAUGAUAACAGAGAAAAUCAAGAAGCUAGGGCUGCCUCCUCUUAUUUCACGAAAUUUCCAACAAUUUUCUUGUGAUGGUCCUGUUAUUCGAGUCAUGCAGUUCAACAUGCUUGCACAGGGACUUACCAGUGGCGAUGGCAAUUUUAUUGCAUGCCCUCCAGCAGCUCUUCAACAUGACACACGAAAGCUACGUAUUGUAGAAGAAAUCCUGCGUUAUUCUGCCACGAUUGUAUGCCUGGAAGAAUGUGAUCUGUUUGAGUACCUGACAGAGACAUUAGCUGCCUGUGGGUAUGUUGGACUUUUCUUUCCUAAGCCACACUCCCCAUGUUUAGAAAUGCCCGAAAACUGGGGCCCGGAUGGUUGUGCAUUGUUUUACAAGCCAUCAGUGGUCACGCUACGCAAUUCAAACAGCUUUCCGUUAAAAGAAGGUAUGAACACUGCAAACCAAGUGAUGAUCAUGGCUGUUUUCAACUUGAAUGCUGACAGUGAUUUCGUGUUCAAUGUAGGUGUUACUCAUUUGAAGAGCAAAAAACCUUACAGAGAGCAACGAAAGCUACAGGGUGAGUUCAUUCGUAAAUAUUCGCUAGAAAAUUGCCAGGAUUACCCUCUCAUAAUUUGUGGUGAUUUCAAUGCAGAGCCCACAGAACCAGUCUGUGAGUUAAUGAAGUCCAGUGGGCUGACCAGCGCCUACACAAGCCUGAGCCCAGAUAAGAAAACGGAGCCCAAGUUUACGACCUGGAAAAUCCGGCCGGGCUCUGAGGAGUGUCAUGUCAUUGACUACAUUUGGUACACGGCAUCAGGGUUCAAGGUCAAGGCAUUACUGGAUGUUCCAUCUGAGGAAGAGGUCGGAAAGGAUCGGCUACCAUCUUUGAGAUACCCCUCAGAUCAUAUCUCACUUGUCUGUGACUUUGCUAUUGUUAAGUGAAAUGAAUGAGACCACUAAACAUGUGGCAUUUGGUUCUUUUGUGGAAAUCAAAUAUUGUCUAGUAUUGAUAAUGAAGUUGUAAGAAUGAACAGCUGAUUUUUUUAAAUCAAUACGGCUGAAGUAGCAUCUAUUUUUUUAUUUAGUUAUAAAUAACUUAGAACAUAUAUUUGAUAAAUUGUAGGAAUCACAUUUAGCAUAAUCUGACUCGUAUACAUAUUAUCCAUGCAGAUAGCAAAAAGCCCUUGUCUAUUUUUAGACGGACUUUCUCCAAAACAUUGUAUUUUAACGAGACAUUAUAGGUAUUAUUAUUACACUAUUACAUGAUUGUUAAUCGACUGAACUUUAUGAUUGUUGAAUUCCUGAGAUUGCAAUUAAGUGUUUUGGCCUCAUUUAAAAUUUGCGUCUCCAUCGGUGACAUACAUGCUUUAAAUCAAGUUAGUUAUCAAGUAAUGUACAACAAAACACAAACAAUAGUACAGGUAGUUUGGCAUAUUAGCAUAAAUAAACUUUAUUUUCAUGUAGUUUUUUAUAUCCCUGUCUCUUAGUCUUGCAGUGAGUGUGUUCUUUUACAUUUAAGUGUUAUGUCUGUGUCCCUUUGUUAAUGUUUAGUGUUGAUUUGUCAAAAUCCAAGAUUUUCUUCUAAUGUAAUUUGGAUAAUUGUAUAAAUAGAAUAAGAGGUUAGUGUUGAUUAUAGAUCAGGUUAAUCAUGCUCGGCACGAAAACGAAAAGAAAAAGCACUCGCCAAGGCUCGUGCUAUUUGUUUUCCAAGCCUCGCAUGAUAAACCUGAUCUAUAAUCAACACUAACCUUUUAUUCUCUAUGUAAAAAUCUGAAGUAUACUGAUAAAAUAUUAAUGCUCUGAAUGGAUCUCUAAAUACGGAUUCAGACUACUCCAACAUUAUUUAAAUGUAUACCAUUGUUUUUGUGCACAUCUUGCAAAAUAAGAUUUGAUAGUGGAAUAAAGUUGAUAAAACAUUUCUUUAGUAAAAAGUUCAGAAGUAGGCCACAGGUGGUUAGCGUGUUGCUAUGAUAUUAAUUAGUGAAAACAUCAUUUUGAAUGAAAAAUAAUCAUAUUAUAACGAAAAAUUAUCUUUUCUGAAAAACAAAAUCACCAUCAAAUAUAUAUAUAACAAGGUAUGCAACUCAAAAUCACCCCAAAACGGGGUGCAUCGCUUUGAACAGCCAUAUCUUCAUCAACUGUGCAGCGAUUUUCACGAUCUCGGUCUUAUUCAACGCAGAAAUGAAUUUCCUUUCUGGAAAUGUAUAUAUAUUGCAAUAUUUUUACAAAUGCUGGGUCAACUUUUUAAGAAUAACACGAUACA